AGUACAAAUCAUGUUCAUUCUGCAAAAUUGGUGGGGGGAAAUCAAGAGAAAACAAGUAAAAGAGUUGGGUAUGGUACAGAACCGACGAUGUUUCGUCACUGACUUCAGCAAGUAAUAUUUCAAAAUUUCACUUAACGAGAUUCAGCUUGGGAAUUUAUUUAUUUAUUUUUGCUUAUUGUAAUGUGGAUAUGUGGUGAUUUGGCUUAGGGAUAUUCCUCAAAUGGAUCCAGAGAAUGACGACCUUCCUCAAUACGAGCAUGUUUUUCAAAAUGAAUUCUCAUAUCGAAAACACAAAAAGCAAAAGGAGGAGGAUAUUGCCAUAUGUGAGUGUAAAUUUGACUUCAGCGAUCCUGAUAGUGCAUGUGGAGAGAGGUGCUUGAAUGUACUAACAAGCACAGAAUGUACUCCCGGUUAUUGUCCGUGCGGUGUUUACUGCAAGAAUCAGAAAUUUCAGAAAUGCCAAUAUGCAAGAACUACAUUAUUUAAAACAGAGGGCUGUGGUUGGGGUCUGCUUGCUGCUGAAAAUAUAAAGGCAGGACAGUUUAUUAUCGAGUACUGUGGAGAAGUAAUAUCUUGGAAAGAAGCAAAGCAAAGGUCUCAAGCUUAUGAAACCCAAGGUCUUAAGGAUGCAUUUAUCAUUUCUCUAAAUGGCUCUGAAUCCAUUGAUGCCACCAAAAAGGGAAGCCUUGCUAGAUUCAUCAACCACUCAUGCCAACCAAACUGUGAGACAAGGAAGUGGACUGUUUUGGGAGAAAUACGGGUUGGAGUAUUUGCAAAGCUAGAUAUUCCUAUUGGAACUGAACUUGCAUAUAACUAUAACUUUGAAUGGUACGGUGGUGCAAAAGUUCGCUGCCUCUGUCGUGCACCCAACUGUUCAGGAUUUCUUGGAGCAAAGUCUCGUGGCUUUCAGGAGGAUACCUAUCUCUGGGAAGACGACGAUGAUCGGUAUUCAGUUGAAAAAAUUCCGUUGUAUGAUUCUGCAGAAGAUGAACCUGCCACAAAGCUCCUCAAAGCUGUUAAGUCAAAUUCUGAGAAUGAUGUUAACAUUAAAAAUGAACAGCCUGUGACAAUGGAUGUUAGUGUGAAAUCUGAACACCAGUUGGAGUCUACUGCUGAUCCAGUUCCUAUGGAAGGGGUAGUUGUGAAUGAAGUGAAAACCGAAUCAACCGAAGAGUUGAACUCAUAUUCUCCAGAUGCUCACCAGGCCUUUUCACAAAAGAAUGCAAUGAUAUCUCGCAUCAGAAGUAACAGUGCAUGCCGGAAUUAUCACAUUGGAUCACGGCCCAUGCCAAAGAAAAAGUCACAGCAUUAUUCUCAUGGAAAGUCAAAACAUCUUUCCAAUAAGCAAAUUGAUUUACAACAUCUUGCUCAGCUCUUGGCAUCAAAAGAAGCACAAGAGGAAGUUUUCAGAUAUGAGGAAUUGAAGAACGAAGCUGCUAGCCAGCUUGCUUCCUUGUAUGAUGAAAUACGACCGGCCAUUGAAGAACAUGAGAGGGAUAGCCAAGACAGUGUAGCAACCAGUGUGGCUGAGAAGUGGAUUGAAGCAUCCUGCUCGAAACUGAAGAUAGAAUUUGACUUUCAUUCUUCAAUUCUGAAAAAUAUUGUCAGGGCUCCACAAAAGGCGUGUGAGCAAUUGAAACCCUGUGAACUUGAAGGAGGCAAUGUUACUGAAGUGAAAUUGUUGGAAUUUUGAAAAUUAGAAGGGCUUGUUUUAGGAAAGAGCAUGUUUAACAUUAAUCGAUCAAAGAAAUAGGAUUUUAAAAAAAGGGAAGUAAAUCUGCCAAUUAGAGAUUCACUUGCAUUCAAACAGGUUAAUGUCAAUCUAAAGGGGAAAUUGCCCAUUGAUUUUUCUCCAAAUUUGUUUUAUGUGAAGGUAGUGAUAGCCUACGUUUAAUCAAAGUUUUAGGUGUUGUUUGUUAACGCAUUAAAUCAGUUUAUGAAGUUUUUCUCUGUA